CCAACAAAGCAAGCCAACUCGGAAAAGCAAAGCAAAGAAGCCAAAGAAGCGGGGGAAGAAAAUGAGGAGCUCCAGCUUGGCAUUCCUUUUCCUUGCGAGCCUGAGCCUAGCCGUAGCACUGACGGCCACUAGUUCGUCGGCGCUGAACCUGAGGGCCCCACUCCGGCCAUUCAAGCAGGUUCACGUCCUUAACGAGCUCACCGACAACAAGCUCCUCCACGUCCAUUGCCACUCCAGAGAUACAGACGUUGGGAGCCAUGACGUGGCGGUCGGGGCCGAGUACACGUGGAGGUUCAGGCCGAGCCCUCUGGGGAUCACUAGGUGGUCUUGCGACGGCACGACAGACGACAACCGGCGCGUGACCUUUGACUCGUACUGGGAGGACGUGGCACUGGCAAGGAGGGAGUAUAUGGGUAACACUUAUUGGGUGGCCCAGGAGGACGGAAUCUUUCUCAGGCCCAUUCAAGGAAGCAGAGACGAAAUUCACGCCACCUGGCUUCCAGCUGGGCCCCCUACCGCUCCUGUACCUCCACUACAGUGAUCCAUUAUUCCUAUGAUCCUCUCCUAUGCUAUGGAUUCAACAACCAUGUCAUGGAUCGUGCCGCCAAAUAAGGUUGUUGGAUUGGAUUCCUAAGGAUGACCAACGUCAAGCAAAGUUCACCUAACCUAAUUAAUGUUGCAAUAAUAAUAAUAUUAUUAUUAUAUGUAAUAAGGCAACUUAAUCAAUAAUGGAUGAUUUUCAGUGCGCGAUUCUCGGUUUUUGUGUUAUAGAAUUUGAAUGGUUUUUAUUUUAUAUUCAGAUAUCACUACAACAUCCGAAUUCUAUCAAUAAGAUGUUACUUUUAUCCUAUUUUAUUUAACAUUACAAUCCUUUCAUGAACUAUAAUUUCUGUUAACUGAUGAUUAUGUUAGUAUUAACAGAAAAUUUAGUCAGCGGUAAUGUGGAAUGUUAAGACCAAUUCUAAAUAUUUAUUAAAUAAUAUCUAAAAUAAAAUAAAAUGGAAAUAAAACUUCACCAUCUCCGUUCACUCCUCCUCUUCCCCUACCCCGGCCACUACUGAAUCCUCAUCUUCAUCCUCGACGAGAGCGGCGUAAAAGGUUUGAUUGAACUUGGGAUUUGAUCGAUGAUUUAGUCCGUGAGGUCAGCGAUAGAGAAGAGAUCUUGUCUUGUUGUUUGAAGUCGAGAUGCAUGAGAUCUUGUCUUGUUGUUGGAAUUCUAUCAAUAAAAUGUUACUUUCCACCGCUCUACCCUUCUCCUCAUAGUCCUUCUCCGUGCAUUCGUCGUCUCGUGGCCCAGAAAUCACCGUCGGACAAGCCCUCUUCUCCACCGUUUGGCUCUCCCCAUCUGGUUAGUUGAGUUCCCCUACUAGACAAAACCAACACCACCUUAAUUUCUCCUCUGCAUGCAUGUGGUACACAGACAUACCUGACCGCAUAAUCGCCUGUCUCCUGCCUCCGCCGACUCCACUGUCCACCGCUACCGUCGGCCUCAUUCUCGCAAAUGCACGAGGUUCAAAGAUUUGGUGGUCCGGACAACUCUCCACAAAUUCCUCCUUUGUGGGAAGCCUUUUCAUUUAUCUUGGAACGUAGCUGCGGUCACUAAAGCAAGGUCUUGUUGACGCCGACCCUGGGAAUUAGAGUAGGGUCUCGCUUGUUCAGAUAUGGAAAUAAGAGGUAGAGGAUAAAGUAGAGGAGUCAGAGUAUCAACAGGUGACGUGAGUGAGAGAGAGGAACAAGGGUUGAUUUUUUGUAAUAUUUUUUAGUAAUAUAUUCUUAAAUUUUGG